ACGUUUUGCAUUCGGUGGGGAGGAGACUGAGACCUGGAAACGGGUAUCAGGUGAACGCCGCGCCAUAAAAGGCUGCCGUCUGGAAAAUUUCCCCCAUUUGUGGCGCGUUGGGCAGGAAGACGGAGCGUCGGCAUCGACGGUCAGCAUGAAGCUGUGGGAGCUGCUGCCUCUGGCCCUGCUGGGCACCAGGCUCUGCUGGAUGAGCUCAGCGCAGGGAACAAGUACUUCAGCUGCAGCGGUCACAGGAAGCACUACCUCAGCCUGGACCACCGUCGACCCUGCUGUCACCAACAAAGAUGCCAACGGCGCCAGCAACAACAAUGGCAAUGGCAAGGGCAAGCCCAGCAUCAGCACCAUCAGCACCACCAACUCCACCGACACCAACUCCACGGACACAAGCGGCGGCACCAACAGCACUAGCAGUGGGAGCAGUGGGGGUGGGAGCAGUGGGGGUGGGGGCAGUGGGAGCAGUGGGAGUGGGAGCAGUGGGAGCAGUGGGAGCGGCACCACAACCCAACCACAGAAGGGAAACUCAGCAGGUGGAGGCUGCAGCUUCUCCUCCAUUGGGCUGUUGCUCUGCUCCAUCAUGGUCCAGCUCACCUGGAGCUGCUAGGCUAAUUGUAUAGGUAGGGCUGGACGAUAACGCUGAAAAAUGUAUCAUGAUAGAAGCAUUUCCUAUUAGUCAAUAUCAAUGAAUAUGGAUUUUUUAAAAAUAUCUAAAAUAUUCCCAAACUGGUGGCGUGAUCUUUCCUGUUUUAUCCAGUUUUCACUGAACGCCGUUAGUUUUUAUUUUUCAGCAGUUAUGAGGAACGGUGACAAAACCUGAAACUGCUACUGCGCAAGUUAAUCAACAGGUUGUUGGUAGGCAACCGAGGUGGAGGGGAAUUUGAAAAUGCUUCUUAUGCAGCAGGUUGUUGCUAGGUAACCAAAGAGUGAGGGAAUCAGUAGAUGCCACCAACCUAGCUAAGCUAGCUGUGAGAGGUUGAGCGGCUAAGUUGUUUCCUCUGCCUACAUCUCCCAGAAUGCUGUGCGGACUUCAGUGAAAUGAUUGAAUAUUAGAUCAGAUGUUACAUAUAUUGAUAUUGAUGACGUGUCUAUCGUGUUAUAUGAGGUUAUUGAUUUAUUGCCCAGCCCUGUGUUUAGGACAGAUUAAGGCUAGUCAGCAGUAGGUCAGAGCUUCUGUCCACCUGAGAUCUCAAGUACGCAGCAGCAGAAGGUGGAGUUCCUCCAGUCGCCUCUAUCACCCGCUGCUGUUUAAUUCUGUAGUUUCCUUUGAUUAAAAUCAUAUUUAACUAAUGAAACUACAACUUGUUAAACAAGUCACAUGGUAGCGGUUAGUGUUGAGUUGUAAGCCUGUUAUCUAUAAACUCUCAGUAAAUAUGUGAAAUUAAGCUGAUCACUCAUAGAAAAUGUUUUCUGUAAUGUGUGAAAUCUAUAUUUAUGACAUGGAUACAAUAUUUUAAGGUAAAGGUAGAAUAAAUAACAAUAAAAAAGAAGAA